GGCUCCCCAUGGACAGAGGCUGCUCCAGUCUGCAGGGCACCCGGACUCUAUCUGAUGUGGGGGCUGGCACUCCAGCCCCCAUCAGUUAAUGUUUAACCAGACUGGCAAGCAUCACCUGUUAAGAUUGAUGCUUACUGAUUAACCUUUCACCUCUCUACUGUUGGCCUCUGCCCUUCCUAAUACUUGUUGCCCUGUCCCCCUAGUUCAUUGCCUUUUCCCUCUUUCCUGCCUCCAGAACAACAGGCCUGGUGGAGAAGCCUUCUCGCAAACGCAAAACCAGGACUGAGUUUGCCCUAAAAGAAAUCAUGUCAUCGGGAGGAGCUGAGGAUGAUAUCCCUCAGGGAGAGAGGAAAACAGUCACAGACUUUUGUUACCUACUGGAUAAAUCUAAACAGCUCUUCAACGGCUUAAGAGAUUUGCCUCAGUAUGGGCAGAAGCAGUGGCAGUCCUAUUUUGGGCGAACCUUUGAUGUUUACACCAAACUCUGGAAAUUUCAGCAGCAGCAUAGACAAGUACUGGACAAUCGAUAUGGGCUGAAGCGCUGGCAAAUUGGGGAAAUUGCCUCCAAGAUUGGGCAGCUUUACUACCAUUAUUACCUGCGCACAUCUGAAACCAGCUACCUGAACGAGGCCUUCUCCUUCUACUCUGCAAUUAGACAGAGAUCGUAUUACUCUCAAGUCAAUAAAGAGGACAGGCCUGAACUGGUGGUUAAGAAGCUGCGUUACUAUGCAAGGUUUAUAGUGGUUUGUCUCUUGCUCAACAAAAUGGAUGUUGUGAAGGAUCUCGUAAAGGAAUUAUCAGAUGAGAUUGAAGAUUACACUCACCGCUUUAACACUGAGGACCAGGUGGAGUGGAAUCUGGUUCUUCAAGAGGUGGCGGCUUUUGUUGAGGCAGAUCCUGUGAUGGUUUUAAAUGACGACAAUACCAUCGUGAUCACCUCCAACCGACUGGCUGAAACAGGGGCCCCGUUGCUGGAGCAGGGAAUGAUCGUUGGACAGCUCACUCUUGCAGAUGCAUUAAUUAUUGGGAAUUGCAAUAAUCAGGUAAAGUUCAGUGAAUUAACAGUUGAUAUGUUCCGAAUGUUGCAAGCACUAGAAAGGGAACCAAUGAACUUGGCUUCACAAAUGAACAAACCUGGAAUGCAGGAGACGACUGAGAAACCUGCUAGGCGGGAAAAUCCCCAUAAGUACUUGCUGUAUAAACCUACCUUUAGCCAGCUGUACACGUUCCUAGCAGCAGCAUUUAAGGAGCUGCCUGCAAACAGUGUGCUGCUGAUCUACUUGUCGGCCACUGGCGUGUUUCCCUCAGGUCGUUCGGAUAGUGAAGGUCCAUAUGAUUUUGGUGGUGUCCUUACAAAUAGUAACCGGGACAUUAUAAAUGGCGAUGCUAUUCACAAGCGUAACCAAUCUUACAAGGAGAUGCACUGCCUUCACCCUGGUGAUCUCUACCCUUUCACAAGAAAGCCCCUGUUUAUCAUUGUGGACUCCUCAAACAGCGUUGCCUAUAAGAAUUUCACAAACUUGUUUGGACAGCCACUGGUGUGCUUGCUUUCUCCAACAGCGUAUCCAAAAGCAUUACAAGAUCAGUCUCAGCGGGGUAGCCUCUUCACCCUCUUUCUGAACAAUCCUUUAAUGGCAUUCCUAUUUGUCUCUGGAUUAUCAAGCAUGCGCAGAGGAUUGUGGGAGAAGUGUCAAGAUUACCUUAGAAAAAUCAACCGGGAUAUCGCCCAGCUGCUGACCCAUUCUCGCUCCAUAGAUCAGGCCUUUCUUCAGUUUUUUGGGGAUGAAUUUCUUCGCUUACUUCUAACAAGAUUCAUCUUCUGCUCAGCCACCAUGAGGAUGCACAAAAUUUUCCGGCAGGAAACUCGAAAUUACCCUGAAUCUUAUCCCCAGCUUCCAAGAGAUGAAACAGUGGAGAACCCUCACCUCCAAAAACACAUUCUGGAGCUGGCUUCCAUCCUGGAUAUUAGAAACGUGUUCCUGGAAAACACCAUUGAUGACUAUUAAAAGAAACACUUGCGUAAUGCAACUGGGUUUCCCUAGCCACAGACUUUGAAUGGUGCAGUUUUCUAAUGUGAAAAUCCACAAAAGGAGUUACCUGAUUUUAUUUUAAAAUUUAGGACCAUUAUUUUUUUAAAAAAAGAAACCGCUGUUAGCCCAGCUACCCCAUUGUGUAGGGGUCAAUUUUAUAAACAAAUCUUUUCACAUCUUUUCAAUGUUGAAGUUAGGAAUUCCUGGGAUUUUAUUUUUGGUGUUGUGGUUAAAAGCGACCACAUAUCCAGCAAUUGAUCCUAAGCAUAAAGUAUUAUUGGUCACUUUUAGCCCACUUUAUGGAAAUCCUUUAUUUUUAUACAGUUUUAAAAAUUUGAAGCAAAAAAUGCAAAUAUAGAAAACAAUAUUUUAUCCCCAAAGAGUUUGGAUUUGAAAUGGUAAAGCUGGAAACACAUAACGCAAACCGGCAAGAGCAAUAAAAGAAAGAGCCCUUCAUAAGAAAUAUAUAUUUUUCAAUCUUAGGUGAAUAGUUAAAUUUGUGCUGGAACUAAUAGCAGUGGGUUUGGAGUGAUGCUGCAGAGGAAUCUCCUGACAUCUAGUGUUACGUGUAAAUUAACCAUUUGACUUCUACUGAGCAGCACAGCUGGCUGAGAACAGAAGCUCCACCCCCUUGGGUGUAACUUGCAGGCUGGUGGCAUAAUUACAACAGUAAUCAAGCAGGCCCCAUUUCCUCAGUGAGGUGUAGUCAGACCCACAUUCCAUGUCUUGUGUCAGAGCCACCACCCUUCUGCCUGAGGCUGGUCAGUCCAUGGCUCCUUAAUCACUGGGGAGGAGGGUGUCUCUGUUCUUACCUGGUUGAGUGAAUGAAGUAAGUGGCUUCCACGGUGUUCCCAGCCUGUGGUGAGUCUGUGCCUAAGGAUCCAAUCAGUCUCUUGCAGUAGGACUGAGUUCUAGCCCUUCCCAACAGAGAAACACUUGGCAAGAAGCCUCUUGGGACUGCUGUCACCUGCUCUAACAAUGGGAUGAUCUUCCAUGGGCUCCUUGUGACCCUAGAAGAACUGCUGUUUUGUUCAUGUGUGUGGUGAGGGCCCACCAUGCCACCCCACUCCCCUACCUGUGUGCUCAGUCCUGUUCUUACAGCAUUUUCCCAGUGAGCCACAGGAAAGCUGAGCAGAGGAAAGGGGUGUGAAGCACACAGUCCCCAACAAACCCCGAAACACAGCUAGUAGGGGUGGGUUAUAUGUAUCACAGCUUCUGCACAAUAAUUUCACCCACACCUAGAUAUCAUCCAGUAGGGCUCCGUAAAGUCUGCACCAAGGAACGUGUGCUCUGUAUGAAAUUGGAAGCUAAGGUAGGGGUGGUGCUUGCUGGAGAAGGAGGAAGGUAAAGCUGUCACGGCAGUGCCCCCUGGUGUCAAAACAAGCUCCGGGAAGAUCUGGCACAGCCUGCUAGAAAGGUGUGGAGAGAAGAGGUGGACACACUGGAAGCGUAGAAGAAUUUUGGCUUCUAUGAAGCAAAUGUUCUAAACCCCCAAUUGAAUAGCUUCUUGGCUCUCCAACUCUGAAACUGACUCCACUUCAGUUACUGGCAGUAAACAAGUCCGCUUAACCCAAAGCCCAGACUGAAGCACAACAAAUGUUUGUAAGCUCCCAUGUUUGGUUUUUAAAGAUGUGUAAAAUGAAUAGUGGGUUUUUGUAUAGAAAAAAGCUCAUUUGCCAAGAAGGUGUUUGCUUUAAAUCUGGGGAAAGGCAAGUGUGUGGUGAUACGGAUUGUAAUUUUUGUAUCUGAAAUUGCACAAUGGUUGUCAAAUGGCCUGAAAUGACAAAUCUAGAAAUAAUGGUAGCAAAGCAAACUGUGAUCAGCUUGUUUCUGUGUGAACGUAAGCUGUACGGUGCUGGAAAGACUGCCUUUUGGUUAUGCAUGGCUGUAGCGCUGUCUGAGGCUCCUGGUACCGAAAUGCUGAAAUGUCCAAUAGCAACAAGGAUGCCGUGCUAGACUCUGGUGUGUCCUUAGGGAAUCUACUGUAUGGUACCAAGGUGAAAGCCAUUCUGUUCCGUGUGUGUUGUUUCAGUGUCGGAGAAGGGGCAGGAGUUUGAGUAGCCCUUUAAUGUUGAGGUCUAGUCCAAUGUUUGUUUUAAACACAAGUUUGGUUGCUUCCUUAGCAUGGUGCCUGCUUCAGUGGGCCUCUUCACUGUGUGAUUCUGUGAUGUGACCAUCUUCUUAAGACAGACUGGGAUGAGAGUGCUACAUGUCAGGAUUAAUGUCCAUCAGCACUGCUGCGGGAGAGUCCCAUGCAGAACAGCAGUAGAUGGCACAGAGCAGGUGGGCAGGAGUGGAGCUUCCAUAGCACUUGCUGGCACUGUGCUAGGCUCCAGCCAAAACUUUCACUCUGAUGGGCACCAAAAAUCAAUGGAACUGGAUAAGAAGGAUUUCUUUGAGCAGAUGUCCGGUUGGUGGUGGUGUUUUCUCCUGUGGUUCUUUGGUCACCCUUCUUUAGCUGAGAUUGAAUUGAUUGUAAAGUAAAUGUGUAUAUACUCAGUGUUUGUGUUUCAUGUACAGUCACCACCCACCUGUUGGGUGUGCUUGUAAAUAGGUAUAGCUAUAUGUAUAUAGGGAGGUCUUGAGAUGUGUAUAUACAAAAAUUAUAUCUACACACCUGCGCCAGUUGGAUUGCAUUCCAUGAUGGUGUUCUAGAAGCAUUAUUUGAGAUACUUAGUUAAGUUUGUGGCUGCAUUACCACUGUAAUCCUCUAUUUUCAGGGGCUUAUGUUGGGUAAAUGAAACAAUUUGGGGCUGAAACUAGGUGCAGGCCUCAUCCAGGGAGCAGCUAGGGAGUUUUUUUUACAAAUGUAAAUAUUCUAGUUCAUGCUGAAAUGCUAGUAAUUUUCUGACCUGAAUCAACAGAAUCCAGGAAAUGUGAAGUUUUGAAGCUGAUUUGCCCUUUCCCGUGGGCAUGAGGUCGCACUCACAUAACAGAGUGUUUGCAGUGAUGUUUAGUUUCUUUUGCCAUAGCUUUCCUGGCAUGUCCUUUGUAUUCAGACACCCUGAGGAAGCCAUGUAGGAAUGUGGAAAUCUCUGUAGUCGCAACACAGAGAGAGAGAAGGCGCUAGUACAGCAUCCAUGGUACUUUCCCGUCCUGCAUGUCAACAUUGAAUAAGCUAGAUGCUCAGCCCCAGAUCACUGCACUGACUCUGAUGAAAUCCCAGGUUUAGCUUUGACUGUUGUGGUUCCAUUUAACUUCCCUGCAGCUGGGAAUAGCAUGUGUGCAUGAGCUUGGCAGCGGAUUCUGUUAGCAUGCCCGGUUUGUGUCCUGAUGGACCCUGGUGGAACAUGGUUUGAGAGCUGAUGGGAAGCACUGAUGCUUGACUUCUGCUCACACUGGAGGAUGAAUCGUCUCUGCUUACAAUGUAUUUAUGUGACUUCUGUGUCUACAGCACCAAAUGAUGCAUUUGGUCCUGCCUUCCCAUUAGUGAAGUUUGCAGUAGGUCUAGUCAGGCAGGAACAUGCAGAGAGAACUGGUAGGAGAGGUUGCUUAAGAAUCUAGAUAGAUUGAGAACUUGAUGAUGGUUAAGUCAUAACAAACAUCCAACAGUUCUGCCUGAAUCUAAAAAGUUCACCUCUGGCUUUUUAAAGGCAUCUCUCAUUCUCCUCUUGGUUAUUCUAUCAUUUUUGGCUGGCUUUGUUCAGAAUACCUGCCAUUAAUCAAACUUGGCAACAGGGCUUUUCAGAGUGAACUUCGCUUUCCAUUUUAACAGUUUGUCCAUUCACUGUAAAUGGUGGAUUCUCUGUAACUUGAACAUGAUUUGAGGAUUUCAGUAACUCGGCCAGAGCAUAGGGGUCUAUUAGGCUAUGUCUACACUGCAGCCU